AGAAAUCUCUGGUAUUUGGCUUUAAUGUCAGACCUUAAAUUAUUUAGCUAAACUAGCAACACUGUUCAAGUCGCAACUACUAGGACUCUGAAUAUUCCAGAUGCGGCUGCAGAUGCCUCGUGCCUUAUCGAUGUCCGAUAUGCGGGUCGCGUCCCACCCCGGUGUUUCUGGUUUUUCGAACUCUAGCCACGCGCCGCCGCAACUUUCCUCGCGACUCUCGAUCGAGGGCAGCUUGCUGCUGGGGAAGCACCUGCUCUCCUACCGAAUGUGGGCCGACCUAAUGGAGUUGUCCCCGGGACCAAGAAACAUAACGUUCGGAUGUAUCCUGGCAGAGCAUUAUACGCUUCGGUGCUUACGCAGGCUGCAAGAGAAGAGAUACAUUGCUCAAAAAAAGAACCCCUUUUAGCUGAAGAUUUAGCUGAAGAUGCCACAUGUGAAAAUUAUACACCUUAAUUUCAAAAAAUUAUAAAUUAUAAUUUAUACAAAAAAUAUAAAAAUGAAAUUAAUAUAUUUAAAUUUUAUUUAAUCUCUCAUCUAUGGUGCGCAAUCUAUGGUUCUCUUCUUUAUAUAUUUUUUCUUUGUUUCAUGAAGAUUUUUUUCAGUGGUUAAGGUUCGGCAGGAAUCGGCUCGCCUUCAAACAUGUUUGAUGUUGUAUGCAACGUUUUCUGGAACAUGUUUCGGAACUUUCAUCCUGAUGUGAGGCCCGUCAGGAAUCAAUUGCGCGCAAUCCAUCGACGACGGCGGUCGUGGUGCUCUAAGCCCAGUCUUUGGACAGUAUUAAGUGGCCAAGUUCCCGGGGCGAUCGAGGAAGUUAAAGCCUUGGAGCCCUUGAGCCGAGCACGACGAUCUUUUGAGCGAUGAUCGUGGUGUGUUAAACAUUUCAGUGUGUUCUUUGUGUGUUUGUCUGUCGGUGAGUGCGCGCUAUUUUUAUUUGUUAACUGCAGAACCCCGUUAAACAUCCACGCAAUGUAAAAAACAAAAAACAAAAAAAAAAAACCCAAAAAAGUAUCUGUG